ACGUGGUUGAGGUAGGGGAGCGCAUAGUCCCCAGGCAGGAUGUGACAGUCGGGGAAGCCACUAACAAUGGCUGGGGCCUUGCGCAAGGGACAACCGGGGAGGAGCUGGUGGUUAUGAAACCCCUGGACGAGGCAAAGCUGCGAAAGGACCUGGGCCGGGUUCUCAGCAAAGGCAUUAAGUCACUGGCUGUAGUCCUGAUUCAUUCCUAUAUGUACAAAGACCAUGAGGAACGUGUAGGGGCCAUUGCAAGGGAAAUGGGAUUCAGCCACGUGUCGCUCUCAUCUCUGGUCAUCCCGAUGGUGAAGGCUGUCCCUCGGGGUUUCACAGCUUCUUCCGAUGCAUAUCUUACACCCCACAUCAAGGCUUAUCUAAAGGGAUUCUGCUCAGGUUUCCAGGAUCAGCUUCGAGGCGUUAACGUCCUUUUCAUGCAAAGUGACGGCGGGUUAACGCGGAUGGACUGCUUCAAUGGGUCUAGAGCCAUUCUCUCCGGUCCAGCAGGUGGUGUUGUAGGCUAUGCCAUGACAAGCUAUGAACAGCUUGGAAACCAGCCUGUCAUUGGCUUUGACAUGGGGGGAACCUCGACUGAUGUCUCACGAUAUGCCGGGGAAUAUGAGCAUGUCUUUGAGAGCACAACAGCUGGUGUGACUAUUCAGGCUCCACAGCUUGAUGUGAACACCGUAGCAGCAGGUGGCGGAUCGCAGUUGUUCUUCCGUUCUGGGAUGUUUGUGGUUGGGCCAGACUCUGCGGGAGCGCACCCGGGACCAGUGUGCUACAAAAAGGGUGGGCCCCUGGCAGUGACGGAUGCGAACCUGGUGCUGGGACGUCUUUUGCCGCACUACUUUCCCAAGAUCUUUGGGCCCCAAGAGAACGAGCCACUUGACAAGGACUCGGUUAUUAAAGCCUUUAAAAAGAUUACAAAUGAAGUAAAUGCACAUCGGUCAUCCCAGCAGCUGAGCGUAGAGGAAGUAGCUAUGGGCUUCAUCAGGGUAGCUAAUGAGGCAAUGUGUCGACCUAUCAGAGCUCUUACCCAGGCCAAGGGUCAUGAUACCUCACAACAUGCCCUGGCAGUGUUUGGAGGCGCAGGGGGCCAGCAUGCCUGUGCUGUGGCCCGCUCCCUAGGCAUGAAGACAGUCAUGAUCCAUAAGUACGCGGGCAUACUCUCUGCAUUUGGCAUGGCUCUUGCUGAUGUCGUCCAUGAGGCCCAAGAGCCAUGUGCCAAGAAUUAUGACCCAGACAACUUUGCGUACUUCGAAACCCGUCUCGCUGCCUUAGAGAAUGAGUGCAAUGAGGCUCUGAUGGGGCAGGGUUUCUCCAGAGCCAAUAUUGCCUGUGAACCAUUCCUCCACCUGCGCUACCAAGGCACGGACUGCGCGCUCAUGGUUACGCCUUCGAAGGAGAAGGCGCGGGGUAAACGAAAGUCAUAUUCUUACGCAGAUUUUCAGACAGCCUUUUUGGAAAGGUACAAGAGAGAGUUUGGAUUUGUAAUCGAUGAUCGAGACAUAGUUGUGGAUGACAUCAGAGUCCGUGGAGUUGGGAAGUCUCAGAUAUCAGCCGAGGAAAGGUUGCCACAAGCCACAGGGGAACCGCAGCUGGAAACGGUGACGAAGGUGUAUUUCGAGGAGGGUUAUCAAGACACAAAUGUCUAUCUUCUAGAGUGCCUGGCACCGGGCCACGUCAUUCCUGGUCCUGCAAUAAUUAUGGACAAGUUGUCAACCAUACUCAUUGAGCCAGGUUGCACAGGCCACAUCACAGCCCAGGGGGAUGUGCGCAUUGAAAUAGGCAGCUUGAAAAAGCACAUCAUUGGCACAGAACUCGAUGCUAUCCAACUCUCAAUUUUCUCGCAUCGGUUCAUGAGUUUAGCUGAACAGAUGGGAAGGAUUCUCCAGAGGACCUCCAUAUCUACCAACAUCAAGGAGCGUCUGGACUUCUCCUGUGCUCUCUUUGGUCCCGAUGGAGGCCUGGUGUCAAACGCUCCUCAUAUUCCUGUACAUUUAGGGGCUAUGCAAGAGACCGUGCAGUACCAGCUACAAGCUUUGGGUGAUAGCUUGAGGGAUGGAGACGUGCUGCUGUCAAACCAUCCUUCUGCCGGUGGUUCCCAUUUGCCCGACCUCACAGUUAUCACACCUGUCUUCCGAAAGGGUGUUCACAAGCCGGUCUUCUAUGUGGCCAGCAGAGGACACCAUGCAGACAUUGGUGGCAUUACGCCAGGUUCAAUGCCCCCACACUCGACUUCCAUUCACCAAGAAGGCGCGGUUUUCCUGACGUUCAAGCUGGUCGACCAAGGCCUGUUUCAGGAGAAAAAGCUUAUUGAAGCCCUAAAUGCUCCAGGGAAGAUAGAGGGCUCAUCAGGGACUCGCAACCUCAGAGAUAACCUGUCAGACCUCCGAGCGCAAGUUGCUGCUAAUCACAAGGGCAUCCAGUUGGUGAACGAACUGAUUGACUACUACACCCUUGAUGUGGUCCAGGCAUACAUGGGCCACAUACAAACCAGUGCCAAGCUAGGGGUCCAGGAACUUCUGCGUGAAGUAGGUUCAAGAGUGCGGAUGAAGACAGGUUCAUCCUCGUUGCAUGCGAUUGAUUACAUGGAUGAUGGCUCACCCAUUGAGUUGAGUGUAGACAUCGACGUGGAAAGGGGAACGGCUGUCUUCGAUUUCAGUGGAACAGGUCCUGAGGUGUGGGGGAACUGCAAUGCCCCAAGAGCCAUCACGGUGUCCGCUGUGAUCUAUUGCCUUCGAUCCAUGGUUGGACACGACAUGCCCUUGAACCAGGGUUGCUUAAGCCCCAUUACCAUCAGGAUCCCGCCCGGGUCCCUCCUGGAUCCCUCAGAGGACGCGGCGGUGGUGGGCGGCAAUGUCCAGACAUCCCAAAGGGUUGUAGAUGUGAUUCUUCGUGCCUUUGGGGCCUGCGCAGCUUCUCAGGGGUGUAUGAACAACAUAACCUUUGGCGAUGAGUCGGUUGGCUAUUACGAGACGGUAGCAGGAGGCGCUGGGGCAGGCCCCUCUUGGCAAGGGCACAGCGGUGUUCACACGCACAUGACUAACACGCGCAUCACUGACCCUGAGAUUCUUGAGCGACGUUACCCAGUUAUACUGAACAAAUUUACGCUGAACCCAAACACUGGUGGCCAAGGAAAAUUCAGAGGUGGAGACGGCGUGAUCAGAGAACUCGUUUUCCGUCGUCCUCUAACCCUCUCAAUCCUGACUGAGAGGAGGGUCUUCCCGCCGUAUGGAGUGGAAGGUGGGAAAGAUGGAAAGAGGGGAAAUAAUCUGCUUAUCAGGAAGUCAGGACGGACGAUUCGGCUCGGUUCCAAGACAUCGGUUGAGGUGCAGAAAGGGGACACUUUCCGGCUACUGACUCCAGGUGGAGGUGGAUAUGGUAUUGCUGCAAACCCUGCGCAUGAAACCAAGGGGAGCCGAGAUCCCCAUGAACCCCCCCAGAAGAAGCAAAGGCAUGUCGAGAGAGGCAGUGUGUUUGAGUACACGCGUGCACAGGAGAGUGUCUAAGCUUCACAGAAUUUAAUGUCUGCUGAUAAAUAUAUACAGUGGGAUCUGUUAUUUAGCUGUUUAGCAGUCGGAGAAGAGAAGUUGAUGAGAAGAGAAAGAGAGACUGACGAUUGAUUUUUAUAAGGCUAAGAAACCAGUGAAGCAGUAAUGAAUAAUGUUUAGACAGUCAGUCAAAAAUUCUACAUAACUGAAACUAGAAGCAAUAAUCCCUACAAAUUGAGGUUGAUGCUCAUGUCUAGUGUGUGAAAGUAUGUAAUAAUGUCACUAUAAGCACACCAUUUAGAUAUAUUUCUGGAUAUAUUGAUUAGUACUAGAUUUUUAAGUAACAUUUGAAGGCACUAUGCAAAUUAUGUAUAAGGAACUGGAUGUAACUGGAUGUAUCACAGUAAACAGUUGAGGGGUCUAUCCUAGUUAGAUGAAAAUAUUCAUGUAAGAGGGACGUUUAGCAUUAACACACUCAUUAAUAAUUCAGAUUUUUAGCAAUAUAUAGUAGGAUUGCAAAGGAGAUACUAGACACAGUUCCACAAUAUACUGGUAUUACUUAGGAAAGCAUUACUUAGUUCCUCAAUAUAUUGUAUUACUUAGGCAGCAUUUACAGUGAAAUGUAAAUUAGCAACUCCACUAUGCACCCAUAACUGAUUUUAAAACUUAUUUUUAAAAAUAUUUUGAGCUAUGCUUUUUUUGCUAGAGCAUACCAUACUGCAGGAAUGGAUAAGCAGCCCACUGGCUAAUGAGAAUUUAGAGAGACUCGCGCUCAUAUUCAGCGACACUUUGGACACCUUCUUUGGUGAUAGUACAGUGUGGCGAAGUUCUGAUCAGCUCUGAUUGGCUCUGACAUGAGACAGCUCAAUGAAAUGUUAUAACUUUGGGUUCAGCUACGCCAGAGACACAAGAAGUUCUCCGUAAAAUAUAUCUGGAGUAUUUUUGAAUACAAGUGUUGGCGAGUCGCAAACAUACCAUUUUAUUCAUACAGGGAAAGCCUCGUCAUAGCCAUAGGUUCUGAGACUCGAUGAAGGUGGUAUAAUGUGCUAUAUUGUUCUAUAAAUUGUCUUUCUUUGCUACAUUCCUAGGAUAGAGAGAGCUCAGAUUCAUAUAUUUCUCACCAGUUCCAUAAAAUUCAAGUGGGACUGAAAUUAUUGGUUGUGUAAUAUAUAUUUCAAUUUUUUUUUUAUAUAAUCUUUCCAAAAUAUUAACCUAAUGGCCACAGAUGGCAUACUUACGUGUCAUGUCUAUGUAAUUUUAGCUCAUUAAAUGUGUUUACACAGAAAUGGCUCCACAAGUGCUUAGUCAUCAAGGAGUCCGCUAAUAGUAGUUGUUAGUCCUACCCACCACUACUGUUUACUUUUAUUUGAUUUUUGGAAAGAUCCCUUUUUAUCUUUUAUUGUUGUAAUUAUUUUAAUGUUAUAAUAAUUUUAAUGUCAGUAAUAAUAACACUAAUAAUAGCAUUAGAAAAAAAAAUCACAAUUCAAAGAAUGGGGAAACAGGGUAAUUUCACAUAACUAAUCUUACAACUGGUUUUACUUUGCAACAUCUCUCAUAUACUGCAUUACCUUUGUUUCUCUCAGUGUUAUAUUUACUUGAAAUACGUUGAUUAUAAGCACUACCUCCCAUAUUCUGCAUUACUUGUGUCAUGAACUUCUUAUGGGUGUUUAUCCUCUAUUUAUCUAGUUUUAGUUUACACAGAACUUCAGUAUUAAUUAAUUUGUCAUUAAUAGGAUUUUUCUUUCAUCAAUACCUCUUAGUCCUAUAGUUAAAUAUACCUUUGGUUUAUGUAAAUUGCGACUUGUUUUCAUUGCUGAAGUACAAAUGCACCAGUACAGCUUCUGUUUGAUGUUUUUGUUUUUUGAGAUACAAGCCUUCUCAGUGUUGAAGUCGUGUACAAAAACCCUACUUGCAUUCUUUACAAAUAACUGCUUCCUUCUUGCAUUCUUUACAAAUAACUGCUACCUAGUACAAAGAAAAAAAAUUCUAAACUUCUAGCUGUCCCUCCAUCCACAAAAAAGAAGUGAUUAUUCACUUCAUUUGGAGAGCUGAAUAUUAUGCAUCAGAAAAUGUCUACUUCAUUGGCUUAUCUCAAAGAGGAGUGUCAUUAGAGCACAAAAUUGAAAUAAGUUAUCAUAGUUAUCCCUCAUGUAUGAAUGAAAAUGAGGAGAGAUUACUAUGAAUAUGUAAAUAAAACACAAAAUAUUUUCACAUACAAGAAUGAAAUAUCUAUGUAGCUGUAUUUUUAUAAGUAUCUACAUGUAUAAAUAGUAUGAAGAUAAUAUACCAGGAGGGAAUGCUAUGAUACAUCAUAGUAUAUGAGUGAGGAAUGUAGGAGGAGGAAAAGGUCUUGGGUAUUGGCUGGAUGAAAUGUGCCAUAUAGCGCCAGAAUUACAGCUUUACAUGCAUUGCGUUCCAUUCACAAGCAGGUAGAGGCAGGAAAACAUGACGUAAUUGGUUCAGGCAGUGGAGAUCUACAAGAGGGGUGAGGGAAUGGGGAGUGAUAUUUUGGUUGUGGAUGAAGGAAACUUGGCAAGCAGUACCAGAUACAUUAGUGGACAGUAAGUACUUCUAAUUCUUAAUAAAAAAAAGUUGUGUAUGGGGGGGGGAGGGGUCCUCCAGUUGUGAAUGGCUUAAUCAAGCAUUAACUCACUCACACUGGGAAACCUCCGUGCCAGGCCAAGCCAAACACCAGGCUUUAUGUGCUAUCACAAAGCAGGAAACACAUUUACCUCAGUCUGUACAGUUUUGUCUGCUCUUUUUUUAGGAAAUGAAAUUAAAAAGAGACUUUAUAUUUUAAUCUCCAUCUCCUAAAGGCUACAGAAGCAAAAGCAAAAAAAAAAAAAAAGAAAAAAAAAGAAAAUUUAGCCGCAUACUUUAGAGCAGGCUUGUAUUUUUCCCAUCAUGUGGCCCAGUUUAACCUGACAUGAUUAGAAUAUCAUCCAGUCAGUGGGUUAAGGUUUAGUAUUCUCAUAUUUCUUUCCUUCUAUCCGAUGAGGACAAAGUUUUAAUUUUUUUCUUAUAACCUUUACUUCCCUUUAUUUUCAUUUUUCUUAUUACUAUCUUUACCUUUCUUUCUUUCUUUUCCUUUUAUAUUUUAUUAUAAUUUAAGAAAUAAAUUUUGGUGAAGUGCCUAUGUAUUUGCUUAUAUAUAGUUCUCUGUUAUGUUACUGUAUUGUUAAAAAGUUUAUAUAUACUAAUGAUGAAAAAAUAUGUACGUCUACAUAUAUUAUACAUCUACACGACACACACAUGACACACAAUGUUGAAUAUGUCAAGCAAUAUAAACAUGGUGUUAUAUAAAUAAAAACUUGUGUAUCAUUGUCAACA